UCUCGGGGGCAUACCAUUACACACACAACAACGGGAGUAUAACAUACCACGCGCUCAGUGUGGGCGGUUAGAGAGGCCGAAAUGUGCUUCACUCUGUAGUGUUGACGCCCGUGCGAGCAAUCCCUGUGCUUAGGGUGCAAUCGCAUCGUGCUUUUAGAAAGGUCGAUCGCUCUCGUUAACUGCAGGAUCGUCACCGGAGUACCGGAGCCAGCACUUUGUCAUCUGAAUGCACAAUGGGACCGUAACCUGACUCGACAGCCAUCACCUCGCAAAGGCAGCCGGCAUGUAAAUAGAAGCCGAAGCUGAGCCGACGACGCGAUAGGAGUCCACAAGGGCAUUUGCUGGCACGCCCUUUAUGCACGCGGCUUCCUCACUGGAUUCGGACGGCUUUGAGGGUGUCCAGAGCAGCAGCAGCCGAACACCCCUUCUGCGGACCAGAGCUCUGAGUGAUCAGACGACCUGCUUGAUGGACACGGGGGAGCUGGACGUUGCGAUGCCGGACAAGAAGGCAUCCGCGGGGGCACUGCGACGCGUGGACUGGCUGCACUUUGUGCGCACACUACAUCUAGAGCUGUUCCUGUUUGUGUACGCCGUGUCAUACUCCAUGCGGCUUGUCAUGACCCAGGACCUGCUGCUGACCAAAGCCUGUCUGCAGCGGUACAGCAUCAAUGCCACAGCAUGCCGCAACCUCUCCUGGAAUAAGACUAUCAAAGACGAUGUCACACGGUAUGCUAACGUCCACAAUUUGGCCCUGUUCCUCAUUCAAUUUGUGCCAGCCGGCCUUCUCUCCAUCUUCGUCAGCCCCUGGAGUGACCGUUAUGGCCACAAGAUACCGCUGCUCAUUGCCACGGCCGGUGGCAUCCUGCAGGACCUAACCACACUCUUCACCGUGAUGUCCUUCAGCACGCCGCUGUAUGCCACUGUCCUCUGUGCGAUCCCCAAUGGUUUUAGCGGUGGCCUUGUGUCCGUGUGUGCUUCGGUCUACAGCAAUGGCACGCGGACAGCCUCAGCUGAACUAAAAACAGUGCGUUUCGCUUGCAUCAUGACAGCGCUGACGCUGGGUUUUCAGCUGGGAUUGUUUGUCGGUGGCCAGGUGUUUCGCGCAGCGGGAGGCAACUACACAGCAAUCUACGUGACAUCUGCCAUCUUGCUGGCGUUCAUGUUUGUGUGGAUUGGUUGGACAGUGCCAUUCAGUAGCCAGCUUCACCGGACGAGCAGACGGGAGCUUCUGCGAGACUUGAUGCGACUAGACAACUUGCGCGAGGGCAGCCGAGCUGUGUUUCGGCCACGGCCGGGCUCCAACCGGGCCAAGCUGCUCCUGCUCAUGAUCUCCAUCUGGUUCAUUCUCUUCAAUAGCGAGACGGCACGCAACAUCAAUUACUUCUACACGGAAACGCGCUUCGACUGGAGCCCCGUCAAGUUCUCCAACGUGACUGCCUUCUUCGGCCUGGUGCAGCUGUUGGCCACGGCCGUGUGCGUGGUCGUGCUCAGCCGCCUGCUGCAGGUCCGGGACCUGGUGCUUGCUUGCCUGGGAGUGGUGGCCUUCGCCCUGCAGAAUGCCGUCAAAGGCGUCUCCACGCACGAGUGGAUGUACUAUCUCAGUUAUGUCCUAGGUGCCCCCGGUGGAGCAGCUGGCAUCGGGAUUUCAUCCUACGCCUCCAAGCUGAUUAGCCCCCACGAAGCCACCAAGGUGUUCUCAUUCUGGACGACAUGCGAAUCGCUGGUGCCUGCAUUUGGAGACAUCUUCUCUUCACUGGUGUUCAAUGCUGCUCUGAGCUACCAGCCUGGGCUGCCAUUUCUGAUCGGUGCCGUCCUGCAGCUCUUCCCAUUAGCUGCACUAAUACUCUGCUUGCGAAUGCCUCAUGCCGACCCCGAAGACGAGGACGAGACCAUCCUCGAGCCUGACCGGGACGGUUCCACAAACCAGCUGCCGCACUCACUUUGAUGGAUGUGACCAGGAAUGCCUCUUCGCCGCUCUCUACAUCAGGGAUGGGCUACCCUGCCCAGUUCUCGCAGGCCCAUACUGUUGCAGGGCAUCUCUCCUGAAUGCCGAGUGCUUGGCACACAAAAUGCUGCCUGGGAUUGUAGAAUCACAGAGCACCGGUACCAGGGCACUGGUCCAACCAUCAGUGCCAAGCAGCAGGUGGAGGUCACCUACUCAUUGCUCUGUGGAUGUAGUCUUGUUGGCAGGCUCUAAACGUGCAAUCCGGUGAGCUCACUCCAGAGUAGGGCAUCGUGUUUUGCGCUAUACCCUAAGAAAAGUUUGUACGCUUUAGGGCCUCUCUUGUCCCCAAAGCAUAAUCGUCACCCACCUUGCGUGCCUUUCUUUAAUGCUGCGUGCCUGGUAAAUUAUCCUGGCCCCGAACGGCAUGUGCAUUAUUGGCGUGACACAGCAUCUCUGCAGAGGAAAGUAGCGAGCACAGAAUUUUCAAGAAAGGAAACGCAAGCAGGACGCAUGAUGAUUAUUGUUUGGAAACAAGUAUGCCCCAAAGAGUCCAAACUUUUUUUUGUUUGGGGUGUUUCGUCCAGGGCGGAACUGUUGCAGAUUUGACACUGGGUGUCGAAAACCCCUGCAGUAUCCAUUCGCAGUGUCAACUCGGGCAUUUUGCAGCUCGAGCACAAGGUCGCGGGUUGGAAUCCCAGUUGUGGCAGUCGCAUUCUGAAGUGUGGGGAGUGCAAGAACACUCUGGCACUUUGCUUUGCGUGCAAAUGUUAAAAGAAAUCCAGGCAGUCUAAAUUAUUCUGGAGCUUGUUUGUCAAAUUAAUGUGGAGCUUAUUGCAGCCUUUUUCCUUUGGGACAAACCCUGUAAUUUGAUUAUUUUUAUUUAUUGUGGAAUCGCAGAAUACUGUAAGAGUGGCCUGGAAAUAUUAACCAGCCAGCACGUUGCCCAGCUACAGUUUGAAACUUCCUGUGCUAUGUGGCGCUUUCUAAAAAGUGCAUGAAAUGGCAAGGUACCUCAGCUAUUCAAACAAGACAGGUGAAGAGGGAGACUUGGAAGUGGCCAGAAAUGUGGGAUUCCAGCCAGAAAUGUUGUUUUCAUUCUAAACCUUUUUUUUUUAUCAUUACUGUACCGGUUGCAGCAGUACUGUUAGGCACAUGGCACUUGCUUUCCUUUGUAUUUCCUUGGUACUCCCAUUGUUUUAACCACAGGUGACAUUUAAAGCUUUCAAGCUACCGUACCUGGCUAGGUCUUUUGCUGGGCCAUAAGGUGGUCUCUCUGUAGAACUUUUAUCAUGCCUGAGGCACUGAAAGGGAUUCCACAGGGUCUACCACAGGUUUCUCACAAACAGCGCCCAGCGAGGGAACUUGUCACUUGUGCAGUUUGAAAUUUAUUUAUGAAGACUGUAUGUGUGCAGACAGUUUUGGCUGCCAUCUAGAAAGCAUUGUUGAAAAGGCUGAAGGCCCUGUCAAUUUGUAUUUGUUUCGGCAUGUCAAAAUUGGAGAAACGAUGCAUGCAAAGGAAGAACUGAAACAGACAAGACAAGCACUAGGCCAAUGCUCGUCCCAUCAGUUUUGUUCUUUGCUUUCUCUACGUGUUGCCUUCAGCUUUGCGAUGUGGUAAGCGGUAGCAACCAACUAACCCACCUUGGCAAUUUUUUUUUUUAUGAGUGGCAUGACCAGAGGAUGCAAAAAAUUCAGCUUUUGCAAUGAUAAUUCAUUACGAUAUUCAAUGUGACGAUGACGUGGUGGGUAUUGCUGGCAUUGUGCAUGCGCUCUAAGGCACCGAAUACCAAGCAUGUAGAUUUACAAAGAGGACUGUCGACAUACUAUCCUCGCAGCUUAUAUGAAACCUCCGGUGCCAAGGUUUCCCUAGUCUGUCCUCAACCAUUUCUAUACAUUUGAUCCUUCACACUCACCCAUACAGAUAGCCUCGAUGCAUGGUUUCACUAGAUACCACCAUUCACUCCUCAGGUGUGCAAAGGACAGAUACAAUAAAGGAAUAAAGUGACCUUUUAAGUGGCUGCAAAAAAUAAAAUGUUCAGGAAAGGACUUUUUUUUAUUGCACAUCAGGAUAGAAGAAUUAUUUGCAGAUUCAAAAAUUAUGUGGGCAGUAAAUUCAGAACUAGUGUCUAAAAAUACCAAAUAACAAAAGUGGUGUACUAGACCUUUUAGAAUGGCAGUUCACUUCUGUCGCAAGUCCUUGAUACUACACAUACAUUCUAGAGCUUUAAACAUGCACUGGAAACACUGCCAUCACUGUCAAUGUUUUUAUGCAUAAGCAAGCCUUCCAAGCUUGAUGACUCAAUGAAUUUAUAUCCACAUUUUUGUAGUGAGCAUGGCAAUAUACUACUGGAAGCUGCCAUUUCCCCCUUUUCGCAGAUGAAUUGACUUGCUAGGCCCUCUAGGCAGCCAAAGAGAGAAAUUUCUUAAAUGUUAAAAUGGAGUGGACAAGCCCCGCUUGUUACCGGCACUUUGAGCGAGCCCCCUAAUGCUUGAACAAGUCAGACUCGUCCUUGGCAUCUUUUGAUAAAAAAACAAUGGUAACCAAGAAAGACUCAUACACGGCAUUGAAAGGAUUAAGAAUGCAAAGAAAUAUAUGGACAAAUCAAGGAACUGUACAGGGUCUUUCCUUUUUUAAUAACUGGUGUAUUUCAGGAAGACGUAAAUGAACAGUUCAUGGUCUGCACAUGCGUGGAAAAUUAAUGUCACCAAAGCACCUUUCUUUGCACUGUUUUAAUUUUACUCUGUAUAACAAACCAACUCACCCAACUAAACAGCUCUUUUUAAGAUAUGAUGCAUAACUCUGAAAUCAUAGACAGCCUUGUACACUUGAAUUCAUUGAAGACAAACGAGUAGCACGAAACCUACACAAAAAGAUCCCCUGGCCUUUCCCUGGCCCAUGGGCGUGUGAGUCGUUACUCUCGUCAUAGUAAGAGCAAGCUCCUGCUUAUGAAGCUAUUAGACGAGGGGCUCAAAUUAAGAUACGUCCCGUCCUAACUUGCGCCCCUCGUCUAAUAGCUAUCUGUCAACCAACUAGCCCAACACGAAGUGCCACUGCUUAUGAAGCUUUCUGAUUGUGUAGUCUAUGAGCCUAGUGUUCCUCAACUUCAUUGACAAUUCUAGUUUUUCACUACCCUCCCUUGCUGUCGUCAGCACAGAUGGUUGUUUGUUUACGUAUUUCAUGUUUGAUGCAACAGCUUGAUAUUCAGCGGUUUUUACGUGUAAAUCGAGGACAAGAAUAUGUGAAGUGGCAGACUAUUUGUGAGCAAAAACCCAUCGGCAUUGAUUACAUUUAGCAACAUUCCUAAACAGGUGCCCUAUUUGAUGUCUUUGUUUUUUGUUCUUAUGCAUCCAUCAUGGAAAAAGUAGUGUAAAAACACAGAAAUGAGUCAUGGACAUAGUGCAGGCUGUCACUCUCAACUGUCUGAUUUAGUACUACAUUGGUUGCAGCAUAAAUGUGGGGAAAGAACAACAAAAUGGAUGACAUGCAAGAGUCAAGGAGUACCAACUGCGAAAGCAGGGAGGAAACAUCAGACAAAGGAUGACCACUGUCAAUUCCAGAUGUGUAGGAAAUGUCGCUUUCAUGCACUACCGCGUGAGCGCGCCUUGUAUGUUUCUCAGUUCCAUGCCCCAUUUUUAUUUUAUUUUUAUUCACAAUUAUUUUUAUUCUGUUUUUAAUUAUGGUCACCUACUAACUAGCUUGCCUUGGAAUACGCUCUACUUAUGUGUUUUGCAUUAGACACACUAGAGGGCAGCACAAUAUCGGCAACCGAGAACCAUAUCAUCUUGGCUAAAGGGAAGAACCUGUAACAACGGUUGCUGUUAUAGAUUACAGUACUUUAACUAUCUAGCUGUCGCUCUGAGUAAACCAUAAAAUGCACAGGACUGGUAAAUAGUGCUUUUUUUUUUUCUUUCCAUCGCCACUUCCUUGGAACUUGUGAUUCAUAUUUCUGAGCUGGUACUAUGCGCACUUUCUGUCUUGAGGUUCCCUGACAAUGCCCUCUUGCCUCUCUGCGUCCUAACCGACCAGAAAAAGAGUACACAAAAAUAUUAAUGCAUGGAGUGUGGCAUGACCACCAUGUGUAGCACCGUAUUUUCCGGUCUAUAAGUUGCAACUGCCUCAAAACGGCAGUCUCUAAAAAAAAAAAAAAAAACGUGUGUGAGUUGCACUGGUAUACAAGACACGCCUGUUCAUUUGGUAUGCAAUUUUAAAAAGAUACAGUGUUGUUUUACUUCGCGAACGCGGGUCAUGCGCAAGCAAUGAUCUGGACACUCCAGGCGCAUUUCCGCCGUCGUGGUUGCCGCGAUGUUUCGCUUAAAGGCCAAGGGUGUGAAAAUCAUCCCCACGCGCCGUAUGCUUUAUGUGCGAGUGAAAGUGUGCAACGGUGAACCGAAUCGCGCACAUGGGAGGAAAGCGGGAAGGCAGUGUGAGGGGGAGGGGGGUGCGGCUUGUACUCCAGCAGCAACUGCGUAGUUUGCGCAGCGGCACGUGCCGUAUCUUGAAAACGACCUGCAGAUGGGAUGACUUUGGAGUCGGUCGACUUGUGGCCGGCCUGCCGCCGCUUGCAUUGCUGCUCCGUCCUAACAUGGUGCUCGGCAGCUCCAUCACAAGAAGAACCCGGGACCUCCAUAGUGCGCACACAACCCGUAGCAACUGCCAGAGCAGGUCAAUUCAGCGUGCUUUAUGUGGCCAUAGCAUCCAAUCAGAUUUUGAUAGCAGUUCUUUCUGAAAAAAAAAGAAAGAAAACGUAUAUAAGUUGCACAGUUCUAUAAGACUCACCGACAAAAAGUUCAGAAAAAACAUGUGACAUAUACACAAAUUCAGAAAAAAAUUUUGCAUAUACAACGGAAAAUACAGUACUAACGUGCGCAUUUGUGGCGUCACAUUUUGUGAUGUUCACAGUGUAACAGUGGCAGCCUUUGAAGCAACGUUAAGGUCAAGCACAUUAUAGCUAGAGCACUGCUUGCUCGCGGGCUUUGAUAAAUAAUGAUAUAGCAGGAUACUGUUUCCUGUGGUCUCGCCAACCAGAUAACCUUUUGCUGCUUUUGAGAUCGCAUCUUGAUGUUUGGGUGCUCCUAAAGCUAACAGGAAAGCAAAGACUGCCACCUUUUGAUUCACCUUUUUCUGUCAUGGACAGCUGUCAACAUGAAGUGCAAGCCAACUGACCUGAUGGCUUUGUGAAUGUGUGUGCUUAUGUCAGAGAGAACCUGUUGCAGCAUAGUGGCCAAAAUAAGUUCCACAAGGGGAGUCCUUUUGAGACACCAGCCUGAUUAUGUUGCCUUUUACGCAUAGCUGUCAUGAGUUUUGAUUCUGUGCUGUGGUCAGUGGAGCACCACGAAUGUGUUUAUUUGUUGUCGGCAAGCCGCCAAGGGCAGAUCUGUUGGGCAUGCCUUGUGGGUGAGCUUGUAGUGACUCUCAUACAAUGGGCUUAGGCUGAAACAAGUCUCUCUGCGAGAACGGUAGUGUAGCAGAAACGAAAGCUGGAUGAGUUGAUGUGGUUGCAUGACACCGCGUGGCGCAGGAAACAAUGGACAGAAGAUUACACGAUGUGUUGUGCAGACAGGGAACAGCAGAAGACGGAAGACAUGGAAUCUUCUCUGUCAUAUUGCAUGCCCCGUAUGCGCUCCACAUUACAUAAUGCAAUAUCAAUUAAGCCCAUUGGUCUGUUCUUUUGAACAGAUGAAAAAAUGGGACCAAUAAAUGUGCACUACCAAGUAAAGCUUAUUGAAGAAUGCAAGAUGCAGAGGAAAACAACAGCCAAAGUGCACAUGUGGAAUUAGUCAAAUAAGGGCACUUUGGUGGUGGGGUGAAGAGUGGCGUGAUGCGUGACAGAAUGUGGCUAUAUUAAACACAGCACGCACUGGCCAAGGCCUCUCCUAGACUUUACAUACCCAAGAGCAACUGGCACUACUCUGGUACAGUCAAACCUCGUUACGAUGAAGUUGCAUCUGGUGAGAAAGUUAUUGGUCUGAUAUUUCUUAUGAACAUAUACUGCUUAUGUUCGGAUAACGGUGAGAAACAUAUUUAAUUUACUUUGUUAUAACUGAUAAUUCAUUAUAUCGGUGUUCGUUUUAUUGAGCUCUGGCUGCACGUGCUUACUAAAGCUUGCCAAGACUAGUGAGUGGUUCUUUUUCGUAACCUUUGAGCUUUGAGCUCAUACACAGACAAUCAAAUGUCCUGCAUGCUUGCGACUAUGGCAUGUGCCAAGGGCUCGGCUUCAGAAGGCUUGCAUUACUUGGCCAACUGUGUUUGUUUUGUGACUACAUUUUGUUGGCUGUUUGUUUGUUCUGUUCGUCUGUUUGUGAGUGACCUCCUCCUGCAUGCUGUGAUUUUUAAGUGCAUUCACUCACUGGAGUGUUUCUUAGUUUAUGUUUUAAUCCAGACAUAUCAGGUAUCCACUUUUGUUCCUUGUUAUUAGAGUUUUAGCUUGUCCGCAAACUUUUUACCAUUUGCAGAUUACCCAAUUACUGAUGAUGCAAACAUGAGAAGCCGGGUUGGUGGCGCCACCUGGUGGCACAGAUCUCGACCGGACAAACAUAGCCAUUUUUGCAGUAACCAAGUGUGAUCUACUUCGCUGCUGGCAUAAAUUUAUGGCAGCGGUGUAAUCGUGACUUUUCUUUUUUUUUUUUCUAUGAGAACACUCAUGAAGCACAAAAAUGUAAAAAUGGCUUUGUGGUUAGAUGAAGGAUCAUAAGAUGUUGCUACCAGUGUUGUUGCUGCCGUAUAACUCUCCAGUAAGCCAGUGAAUCGCAAAAGGUAAGAAGUUCUUGGACAGGCUAAAACGCUCUAUUGUUAAGGAGUCAAGUGUUGCCGUGAUUUGGUUACUGACUCUGCAUAGGUGCAGGCGCCAUGCAGCAGCAGCUGCAGUAUUACUCAAAGUUUAGGUCACCUUAUUUAGGGCAAGCCAUUCAAGUGUAUGCGCUGGUUGUGCAUUGUUACUUGCUCCUUAUUAGUCCUUUUUUUUCAUGUUCUUCUGUGUCAAUUAAAAAAAAAUUUGAGAUACCUGUAUUUAUGUAUUUUAGAAAAAUAUUUUGCUUGCUUUUGUAUAAUUUCACCAAUUACCAUAGGCACUUUUUUUUUUUUUAUUCCGGAAGUGAACUCUUCUUCUGCACCCCUAAAUAAGCCUCUCAUGCUUGCUUUUCAAAUGGCUACUGCUCGGUCACUGUCUUGCAUUCAGCCUUUACAUGGUGGCACUGCUGUUCAAACACUUCUUAAGAAGCACGAUGAGAAAUAAUAUGGAUGCUCAUGGCCAAACAGUGUAAGGCCACGUACUAAACCAUUGAACAGCACCUGCAAGCACACAUUUGCAGGCCUUUUGCACUGCUUGUCUUUCUUGCAUAAGCACCGAUCCCGAACUGUUGUCUCGACACAGUAUGAAGACAAACACAGACUACAAAAGAUUUAGUAAUUGAUGUUAAUGUUUGGGCUCCUGCAUGCAAACCUUGAUCACAAUGAGAUUGUUGUGUUUGCUUGCUGAUGCAUUGUGUUUCAUCAGGCCAUAAUAUCAACAGGUAACAGGAACGUGUGAUUGCAAAAGAAAAUACAGUAAACUUCUGUUAAUUCAAAUUCGGUUAAUUUGAUCCCGACCUAAGGUCUCGGCCAGCACCCAUGCAUUCCUAUGACCCCCAAUUUCAGUACUACUCAACACACGUAAGCCUGACCCCUAUAGUGACCCCUAUAGUGACCCCAACAGCGACCCCUUUAGUGGCAAUGUCAUCCCGGCGGAGCUUAGGGGACAGUGAAUGCAAAUAACACAAAUCAUCUCUCGUCCAUUUUUGGCCCUUCCUAGAAAGAUGUUCAAGCAAUAACUGUAGUUCACAGCGUUUGAUUACGAAAUUUGCCUGGUUCUUGGGCAUGCCUUUCUUUUUUUAAAGAAAAUUUGGCCAAAAAUUGCCUGCACAGUGCAAUCGAGCAUAAUAUCAAAACUGCCUUAGCAACGGUCGCAUGCUUUACCGCAUAACGUGGGUGUAUUGCGGCGGAGCUGAACUAAAUAAAACGUGUCAAAGCUGAUUUUAAAAAACUGGCUGUCUUUGUGCAACAAUCUUUCUUCCAAGAAAAUCUCGUGCGUGUUAGAUUUGUUAUUCCUACAUUACUUAACUAUUUUAAUUCCUAGAAAGUGCAUGCACGUUUGAUUCGGGGGCGUGGUAAAAUGGGGCAAAUACUGCCACAUGAACCAGCGUUUUUUUUUUAAAUUUUGUUUAAUUUCACCCGUCGGAUAAUUCAAUCAGUUUUGUUGGUCGCAUCUGGGUCAAAUUAAUGGAAGUCAACUGUAUAAUCAUGCAUCUUUAUGUAGAGCCUGCUACACAUUUAAACUGUGACAGGCAUUCUCAGCGGAAAUGAUGGUAAUUUACCACCCAUAUAUGCUAAGCAUCUCGGCCACAUUAUGUGGCAUACUUAAUCUACUUUUUUGUUUCUUUCAAUUAUGUUGUGAACAAUGCUCCCGUGUGGAAGCCAUAAUGUUGAGCUCACUAAAUCUUUUGUUGUCAGCGUUUGUAAUCAUCUUUCAUCAUGUUCUUUCCCAACCUGAUGGGGUUCCAUCAUACGAUUGAUUUCAAGAUGUUGCGUCUGGGGGUGCACACUUAGCAGAUUUAUUAAUGAGCUGGCGCAUUGUCAUUUGCUCCAGAGCACUUCUGAUCAUUGUCAUCACAGGCCUAAUGAAACCUUCUCUGGAACGAAGUCCUUUUCCAAAGCAGUCCCUGCACCUGUGCCUUCUCUGUCUACAUCAGUGAGCUUAGUAAGCCCAUCAGUCCAUCUUAUUUGAGAGAAAGCACAGGAGGGAUGACAGGCACUGGUAAGAUAUCGUUCUCGAUCGUCAAGUUAGUUGUAUCCACUGAUAAAAUUGCUGACUCAGUAAACAUCUCUCAUCUCGCCGCACUUGGCACGACUGAAUAUUCAUCAGAAAAAGCAUUUAUCCAAUGUUUUGGGCACCACAAGACAAUUUAUUACUGAGCGGUCUACACAAGAGAAUGCAGGACAUCUGAACAAUGUUAUCUAUUUGUGAUAGGUGUGACACCAAAAAAAUUGGCAACAGUUCCCUAUUGCAACAACUGCCUUUGACAAAAGACUGGUUGGAAGAAAAGACAAGCUUUAUUUAUUUAUCAUUUUACACUGUAGUCGACUUGCAAUAACUUGGACCUAUGCUUACGAAUGUCACGGAUUUGAUCAGGGUUUCAUAUCCUUAAUCCACUUUGAAGUCACUUUGUACUGACAAUUAAGGCAUUCAAUUCAAGCAUCUAGAGCCAGAGUGACACAAUUCAGUGUAAUUGAUGAUAUAACAUUUAUAAGGGAUGUAGUAAACUCUACAUGGCACAGCUUUACAGAAAUGUAAUAUUAGAGAAGUGGACCAGAAGAAAGCAGCUUAAGGUCAAAUGGAAGGUGUGGAGUUUGGCACAUCUCCCUUUUGACUGCCAAAUUAAUUUUUUAAAGCAUUCUCAAAAUACAGAUUUUUUUAAUGCUUGAUGAAUCAGCUCAUAAAUAAAUGCCAGAAACAUAUUCAGAAUUUUAUAUUUAUUUAGAGAACACACAUAAAAAAUAUUUUUAAUGCUAAAUAAUGUUGACAUCAUUGCACAGCUUGAAGCUGCCUUUUUUAGCACCAAUAAAGCAAAAAAAAAAUGGAACAUCCCAAACACGACUUCUAUGCCCUGUGAGAGUUCAUUGCCAUGCGGGAUCACAUUUAGUCUUGUAGGAAGGCCUCACUUAAUGUGGCCUCGGUUAAUGUAGCCUCACUUAGUGUGUCCCCAAAUGACAGCAGUGACGCCUUUUUUUUCUUUCGCAAACAUUAAAAAGGCCUCUGUUGAGAUUUCAUAUUGUCUGUCACGUGUGUCUUCAAAGAGGACUCGCAACGUUUAAUGCAGACAACUGGCUCCCAAAAAACACGGCAGUGGGACCUGGCUAUCGAGCGGGCGGGAGUAGCAUGCGCACUUCUUCCUUCUUGUUCUUCUUGCCUCUUCUCUUGCACUGUGCCCACUACUGCAGGUGGCAAUAGGUUUUUCAGAGCUGUGUACGAUAGAAAAACAGAACUAGGUGUGUGGACGCACCAAGAUUGUCCUUGCUGUGAUAAACUGGUACUUUUUAUUGUGGACUUGCCCAGCUCAUCUAUAGGAGGUUAAAGGUUACGAAAAGAUAACCGGCCAAGGACAGCAGACUUUUAGGUGGUGUGGCACACAGAGUUACCUACAAAAAUUACUAGCUUGAAUUGUGCUGCUAGUGUUUGCAGUAGCUGCAAAGCACGGUGUUUUAGCCAGCAUGGGUACUAUGGGAAUUUGCUUAGACAUCCUCCUCCUGGCUUCAUACGGCUUUAUCACUUUGCAGGUCGAUCACUUUCAACAAUAUAUAUUACACUAUAAUUGCAACAAUUCACAAUGAUUAUGUGUUUGUGUGCAAAAACUAAUUGGCUUUGUGGGUUUCGGAAAAUACGGUUGCUUGGGAAUUUGGAAAGAUAUGGUGGAAUAAAUAUUUCAACAAGAACAUCUGGAGCCAUAAGCUCAAAGAUUAGACAAAUUAUGCACUGCCGUGACAGCUGGACCAACACCAGAGUCCCCCAGUGAAAUUUGUAGGAAAUUCAAUGGCGAGGUGAGAUUAGAAAAUCUGCAGUCAUACGACUCGCUUGACUGAUGAAACAUGAGGAGUCUUUCAUUUUGCAAUGGACAUGAAUUAGGCCAGUGAUGAUGAAUUGCGAAGCAUUAUUCUGGAACAGAUCUGUGCCUUCACUGCUCUGACUGCAGUAUUAAUUUUAAGGAUUGCACUCAGCUCUUGCUGUUUGUUGUGCUGUGUUGUCUGCUUGCUGUUUUACUUGGUCUUUCGUUAUCUGUAUUGUUGUGCUGCAUGUCACAACCGUGAUGACCAGCUCAUGAAGCGCCGGAUGUAUUGAGGAACCGAACAACACGUGAGCUGAAUGCAAAGGCGGGUGUGUUGGAAAGGGAAACGAGUUUUCCUUUGAGUUUUUCCUCCGAGAGAAAUAUUGAUGCCAGAAUGGCGAAUGGUCUUUCCUUUAACUACUUCUUGCUCUUUCUUUUAGGCCAGGCUUGCCAAAUCAGUCUUGCCCGUAUGUGAAAUUUUGUGAUUCUCUUUUGUUUAGUGUUGUUUUAUAAAAUGGGUCACUCAUGCUGCUCUAAGCCCAUCUAGAAAUGCCUAUUCUGGUAGUUUUGAUCUAGUCCUUGCUUUUCUUGCAUAUACACUUGCGCAUUUUUUAAUUAUUAUUAUUUCUUUGUUAUCCUUUGGGCUGAUGCACUGUGGCACAUUUUAAUCAUUUUUACCUGCUUCUGCCUUCAAUUGAGAAGGUUGUUGAUUGAAUAGCUAGCAAUUUGGUGCUGGCUUAAAUGAAGCCUUAAGUAUAACCACUGUUGCAAAAUGUAGCUGUGAAUAAAUGUACACGGCGUUGUGUUUUAUAACAGAGUGCUGCUUGUGAGCCACAACUGUUGACUGUGAGUUUGCCUUCUUGCCUGUACUCAAGUAACAGCCUGUAUUAUUGGUUGUUGAAGAAGCUUUUAUUUUUGGCUCUGUAAUAAAGGGUAAUCUCUGCAAUGGA